AUGAAAGUGCAGAGCUCGCUUAUGGGAGUUGGCGGUUGGUACGAAACCUUAGCGGCCGGUUGGCUUGCGGACAUGAGGAGUAAGCAGGUCCCAACGUCCACCACCUCGGCCAGGCGGCUCGCCGCCCUAAUCCGUCCGCUGGCGAGCGGCGGGUCGGAGGGCAAGCCUUCCGAGGAAGAAGAAGAGCGAGGAGGGUCACCCCUCGGCCCUGGCGGUCCCUAUGGCUGCAGUCAGUGUCGGGGUGCCUACCCUACGCGCGAGCAGCUCGAGCGCCACGAGACUCUGCACGCGCCCAACACACAGGUGGAUACCGUCAAAUAUUCUUGCAAGAUCUGCCACAAGAGCUUCGCGAACGUGUACCGCCUCCAGCGGCACAUGAUCAGCCACGACGAGAGCGCAUUGCUUCGCAAGUUCAAAUGCAACGAUUGCGAUAAAGCAUUCAAAUUUAAGCAUCAUCUAAAGGAGCACUUACGAAUACAUAGCGGCGAGAAACCCUUCGAAUGUGCCAAUUGUGGCAAAAAGUUUUCCCACUCCGGUUCCUAUUCGAGCCACAUGACCUCCAAGAAAUGUCUCGUCAUGAACCUCAAAAUGGGAAGGAUCAAAGCUAAUAAUCCAGCUCUUAACCCAGAAAAAAGUCCAUCACGCAGACGGAACAAUGCCAUGGUUGCAUCACAGUUGAACAACAACAUUGCAACGAAUGGCAAUUCUUUCCUUCCUAUUCUCCCGAAGUACACAGAUGCUGCUGCCUUUUUUGCAUCCAUGUCAUCACCAGAUAAUAAUUUCCAUCGUCCGCCUUUGGGACAGCCUGGUCUUAAUCCCUUUUAUAUGCCACCUGGUAUGCCGAUAAGUCCAGCCAGUGCUAUAGCUCCUUACAGUAUACCGGCCUCCCUCAGCCAAUUCUUUGAGACAUUAGCUUCAACACAAUAUCAACCGAGAAAAAUUGAGAAUCCUGCAAGUCCUAAACAAGCUCCCGCAGAUCCUGAAGAUUUGAUAGAGGAAGUUACGGAGGAAGAUGAUAAGCGGUCAGAAGGAAGUGCUGAGCUUGUGAUGGACAUAGAAGACGAUGAACCUGUAUCCAUAAAAAAAGAGCGUGAAGAAAUAGAUAAUGAUUUAAGAUCGCCGCCGCAACAUUAUGAUUCCGUCCCCUCAAAUAACAACGGUCUUGACUCACAGAAUCAAUCAGCAUACAAUUCUAUAUUAGAAUCUGUAAGCGCUUCCGUAACCAAACAUUUCUUCAGAGCCAACAUGGAAAAACUUUCGCCGGUUUCGGGUAACAUUAGCCCUAGCAUAGAGUCACCGCCCACAUCUCAUGUUAUUGUAAAGGAAGAGCCGGAUGACACUCACAGGUGUCUCAAAUGUGACACAUCCUUCAGCAAUAAAAGCGAUUUAUUAGAUCAUGAAAAAGAGAUCUGUGGAAAUUUAUUUAGAAAACACGAGGGACUGGCAGCUCAAGUGGCAGAAACGGUAGCUCUUAAUAGGUUAGAAGCCGAAAUGCGUGCUUCCAUACAGAGUGGUGUAAGUGCUAGCGAAGAUGAAGAGUACCAAAAGGAAGAACGCGACGAUAAGAUAUCGAUUCACGACAAUGAUAGAAAAAUUCGUGUACGAACAAAUCUGUCUGAAGAACAGCAACUGGUGUUAAAAGAACAUUACGCAUUAAACUCGCGACCUAAUCGUGAAGAGUUUAAAAGAAUAGCUCAACAGAUUGGCCUUGACAAUAGAGUGGUACAGGUAUGGUUCCAAAAUAACAGAGCCAGAGAACGACGCAUGACCGCAUCCGAUCAGCCGCUGGAUUUAUCGACAAAAAAAUCUAACCCAUCAGUGACGUCAAGCCCAUCGCCGUCGCCACCAUGUAGCCUUUCUGUGACACAUUCGGACUCCGAAGAGGCAGUCAAUUUGAGUCAGAAAUCUUCGCGAAGCACGACACCGCAUCGCACUAAUUAUCUGAAUACUUAUCCACAUUCCAAUUGUUCUUCAUCAUCUUUUACCGAUUUUCGAUUGUCCCCCUCACCUGGGGAACCCAUUAACGGACAGAAACGAUUACUACCCCAGAAGUUACACGUAAAUCCUUCAGUCCCAAUGGACAAACUCCUUCAAUACAACGAUAUGGCGAAUGGAAGGUCGCCUAUACUUAACAUGCAUCUUUCUUCAGAUAUGAGUCGACCAGGCUUAAGUCCAUCAUAUGAACGCACCCCGUGGAGCGAUGACAUGCACGUGUCUCACGACAUUGAAGAUGACGCAUCUGUACUUAAAAAAAGUAAACUAAAGCAUGGAGUCGAGUUCAAAGAAGGCGAGGGACAGUUUGUAUGCGACCAAUGCGACAAAACAUUCGUGAAACAAAGCUCCCUCGCCAGGCACAAAUACGAACACUCAGGUCAACGCCCUUACAAAUGCGGCGAGUGUCCAAAAGCAUUCAAACACAAACAUCAUUUGACGGAACACAAGCGUCUGCACACCGGAGAAAAACCCUUCCAGUGUUGCAAGUGCUUCAAGAAGUUCUCCCACUCCGGCUCCUACAGUCAGCACAUGAACCACAGGUUCGCUAUCUGCAAGCCGUACCGGGACUAG